UGAAGAAACGGUUAACAUUAACGGUCACUUGGCUUCUUUUCCUCUUUCUUCCCGCGACAACACAGCCAUGGCGAUCCAAGCAAGCCAAGCUAUGAUCCCUUUUCUUCACGCACGCCAACUCGAAUACCUCGUCCGAAGCCACAAGUCCUCUCUAUCCUCUCGGUUUGGUGAUCGACCCAAAUCAGCAGCUCAGCUCAUUAGCCGCAGAGAUUCUAACAAACUCGCUUGCAAGGCCAGCGUUGACGACAGUGAUGAGGAUUAUCUGAUAGAUGCUCCUGUGUCAGCUGGAGAUGGCUUCUCAUUCUCUGGAGGUAAAUAUUCCGAUGGGCCGAGCCAGUCUGAUGAAUGGUUUAAGCAAGGAAAUAUGGUGAAAGCUUUUCCUGUUCUCGGUUCUGGAGAGAAGGCCAAAGACCCUAUUUUUGGACUAACAAUGGGUUCUGGUUCCCAGUCUCCAGCAGAUGUUUUCAGAUGGUUCUGCGUCGAAAGUGGAAUUGCUGAUAAUCCUCCAGUUUUGUUAGUUCACGGCUUUCCUUCUCAGGCUUAUUCAUACCGCAAAAUUCUUCCAAUUCUCUCGAAGGACUACCAUGCAAUUGCUUUUGACUGGAUAGGCUUUGGAUUUUCGGAUAAACCCCAACCUGGAUAUGGAUUUAACUACACAUUGAAUGAAUAUGUAUCAUCCUUGGAGUCUCUUAUAAACAGUCUUGGCAUUGAUAAAGUUUCUCUAGUUGUCCAGGGAUACUUUUCACCGGUUGUUGUUAAAUAUGCCAGCAAGCAUCAGGAGAAGCUAAAUCAUUUGAUCCUCUUAAACCCACCUCUGACAAGCAAACAUGCUAACCUUCCAUCAAGUCUGUCCAUAUUCAGCAACUUCUUGCUUGGUGAGAUUUUCUCUCAGGAUCCGCUUAGGGCCAGUGAUAAGGCCCUGACGAGUUGUGGUCCAUACAAAAUGAAAGAGGAUGAUGCUAUGGUUUAUCGGAGACCUUACCUCACAUCUGGCUCCUCUGGCUUUGCAUUGAAUGCAAUUAGCAGGGCGAUGAGGAAAGAGCUCAAGAACUAUGUAGAAGAAACAAGGACGAUACUCAAGGAUGAAAACUGGAAAGUCAAAACUACGAUAUGCUGGGGUCAAAGAGACCGUUGGCUCAGCUAUGAUGGGGUUGAAGAAUUCUGCAAGGACUCAAAACUCAAGAUGGUUGAGCUUCCUAUGGCGGGGCAUCACGUGCAGGAGGAUUCAGGGGAAGAACUUGGAAAACUGAUUGCGGAGAUUGUUGGCAGAAGAGUUCAGCAAUGAUGGUACAGGAAUAAAAGAUCCUUUCCACAUGUAUGAAUGGAAAAGAAAUCGACUUUGCGAGAGUUCACAUUUGUUACACUAGCUUUCAGGUUUUGGGUUGCGAUUCUGGCAAAUGUCUACCAAGGAACUGAACCUGUUUGUAACGAUCAUUGCACAUUGCAAUAUUCUUUCUGUUAUGUUUCGUUACUUUGCAAAUAGAUAUGAGAUACUACGACUUAGUGAA